UGUAGAUGUUUUAGUGUCAAUGUCAAACUCUGUUGAUUAAAAAUAACAAAAAACAAAAUAAAUGAUGGAAAGAAAAUAAUAGACAAAAAUGGCAUCGUGUACAAAUAAACCGUCUGCUUCCGUUGAAGCGACUAGUGCUGCUGAUAGUGGUUCUAAACAAACCUCUCCAAUAUCGUCAAAAUCCUUCGUUCUAGAGAAAGAUGGAGAAAGAAAAAUUCUUAAGAAAGUUAAACUUAAAGCACCCACAAAAUCGCCUGCAGUAGCAAACGCGGAUUUUCCUCCCAGGGUACAAGAGAAAGCUUCGAAAAAAUUCGUUUGUACCUUUUGUAAAGCUAGUUUCAACAAUCAUGAACAUCUUCUCGUUCAUUUUGUUAAGCAUGGAACGCAAACAAACGAUACAGCCAAAAACCCGGACAGCCCAUUAGACCAUAGACAUUCCAGUCAUGAGAGUACUAUAAUGCUAAUAGAGUGCGAAUGGUGUCCGGAAACAUUCACAUCGAUGUCGAAAGCGAUCAAACACAAGUAUCGGAAACACAACUACGAAAGCAAAAAUUACUUCUGUGCCCUUUGCGGGAGGCUUUUUCCUUUGAAGGUGGCGCUCGAACAACACCAAAGCUUAGAGCACGCAAAUGACAAAGAGAUUAAUGUUCCCCGGUUAGACUACAUAUGUGGAUUCUGUGGCACAGCAUUCAUCUCCAACUCGGCCUUAGCACUCCACAUCAAAACUGCUCAUAAUUUAGAAAAGAGAUUGAUCGACCAUCCCUUUGUUCCGGUACCGUCAAAGAAAGUACGACUCAAUCAGGCUGGUGAAAUUUUCUCAAUAUACUACUGUCAUCUGUGUGGAUCGGAAUAUAUGGUGAAGUUCAAUCUCUUGAAGCAUAUCGAAGACCAUCAUUCGUUUGAAGAGAGGAGCGCAGCCCCAGAGGAACUGCUAAAAUGUAGUACCUGUGAUUCGAUGUUUUACACUAAGAAGGCAUUCGAUGCGCACAAUGUUCACCACAAACCAGAGGAUCUGUACGCGACCAGCGAAGAACAUCGGUUGCACAUCGUAGCUCGAGUAGAUCAGGAUUACGACUUCCGGAGGGUACCGACGGUAAUCGAUAAGGCACUUGGUUCGCUGAGCGGAGUAAAUUCUGCCACAACACUAGCGAAGAAUCAUCGAAAAAAAUUUAAAAAAGACAAAGUUACUUCCAACGGUACAUCGAGGUCAAAUACUGAAGGCAGCAGUAGUAGCAGUAUCAUCAACGGAGUCUCCGCUGUGCUAGAUCUUAACCAAAUUAAACUAGAACAGGGUAGCGGCUUCGAAGCGUUGAGCGCUAUGCUGGGCGAAUAAACUAGUUUCCGUACUGACGGUAGAAGAUUGAAAAAAAGCUAGAGUUAAUUUACUACUAGAAUGUAAACCGUAUUGUGCGAAGCAAAUGUACUUUUCAGUUUUAUUGAUAUUAUACUGAAUGACAUCGCAGCAAGUA